AUUUAUGUUGCCUUAGUCAGCUCUAGUGGUUGCAGUAAAAGUACAGUCAUCCAGUCACUAGAGUGUUUCUACGAUCCAAUUUCUGGACAGAUUUCACUCGACGGAGAGCUUAUCGACGAGUUUAACGUCCAGGCAUAUCGACAGCAGCUUUCACUUGUGUCGCAAGAGCCUAAUUUGUACGCGGGAACUAUCCACUUCAAUAUCUUGCUCGGUGCCUCCAUACCGGAAUCUGAGGUCACACAAGAAGAGAUUGAGGCCGCUUGUUGUGAUGCUAAUAUACUAGAUUUUAUUCAAUCACUUCCAGAUGGAUUUAAUACUGAAGUCGGUGGCAAGGGAUCCCAGCUUUUGGGGGGUCAAAAA